AUUCAAAUAAUUUAUGUUAUCUCUAUUUUACGAAACAACGGAGAACGUACCAGGUCCAACUUUAUAUCUCAAAGAAAUAUUCAAAGGAUAGCAUUUUCGAUUUCAUCAGAUAAUUUACGCCUUGCGUUCCUGAUUUUGAUUGAGCUAAAUUGAAGAUUUACGAAACCUGACGUUUUCUGAACAAUUAUCUUCGAUAUUCAUUUUUGAUCCAAUUAAAUCUUCUUUGCGAAUUAUAAGGUUUAGAUUUUGGAGUUUAUUUAAUUUUGAAAAGCCCCGUCUUCACUUUGAAUUGGUAUUCCAUUUAGCCUAGAUUAUGGAAAUGGCCAUUAUGGAAGAGCCAAAAGUUCUUCCACCAUCACCACUUCUGAUUGGAAAUGAAUUUGUGCGUCAGUACUACACCAUGUUAAACGCAAGUCCCAGCAAACUAUUUAAAUACUAUACUAACCAGUCAACCAUUAGGCGUAGUUUGGAUGCACCGAUUUAUGGGAUAGAACCAAUAAGAAAAUAUUUUGAGGAACUUCGCGUAACUGAUUGCCGAACAAAAGUGGCUAAAAUCAACGCACAGGCAUCUGUCAACAACAGCAUAAUUGUAAUCGUGAAUGGAGAAAUGUCGGAAUCUGGAAGACCUAUGCGCCCAUUCAUUCAAACAUUUGUUCUAGCCAAACGGAAUUCUAGACAGUACUACAUAUUUAAUGACAUAUUUCGUUUUAAGGAUUUUUUCUGUGGUCCGAUAUAUAUAUUUGACAAGGAUAGUUGUUUUUUGAAAGAUGAUGAAUUACAAGCUGUGCUUGCAAAUAAAUGUCUAAGUUUACCGCUCCCAGAACUACUAAAUCUGAAACCACCUGAACAGAUGCCUAUGAAUUUAUACGAAAUUGGCCAAAAUGUUAUUGCAGGAGAACAACCAAUUCAGUAUUUACCGCAAACGCAAUCAGUUAUGAUAGAUCCCAAUCAUAUACCGGAACAAAAUACUUUUAUUAUACCUUCAAGAAGCCAUAUGUUUCCUGGUAUUCCAAAUAUUCCCGACAAAAAUUUUAUAAUACCAAUGCAAACCAUUUACUAUCCGAACACCACAUCAACUACAAAUGCAUGUAUUGAAAAUAUGGAUGGUGGCUUUAUUCCUAGCAUGAAUUUAAUUUCAAACUCGUCGGAUGUAGUGCCUGGCGGAUUUAUUGAUACAAAUACUGAUAGAUUAUCAAUGAAUCCAAGUCCCAUCGAAGAUUCAGCAGGUGAUGGUUUUCAGAUGAAUCCUGCGCUAGGUAGUAGUAUGCCGUUUACGAAGGAAAGAAAUAUUCCCUGCCCACCAUAUGAUAAUAUUUUGGGAGAGCGCGCAAAUAAACCGAUUGUUUACGAUAAUGUUUACACUCGGAAUGCUAAAGCCGCAAAAAUUGAAGUUAAACAUAUUAAAAGAACUCAAGAAGACAAACAGCAAGUUUUCAUAGGCGGCAUACCACCAAAUGCUACAAAUGAAGAUAUCAUAUCAUUAUUUCAAGUGUUUGGUGCAAUUAUAGAUCUAAGAGUUAUACAUAACCCUCCAAACAGCCGUAAUCCAUUUAAUUACGGGUUUUUAACUUUUGAAAGUAUAAAUUCGGUUAAAAACUGUUUAUCUAGCCGCCCUAUAUACUUUCCCAGCAGUGAUGGCCACGGUCACAAACUAAAUGUGGAGGCUAAGAAACGUCGUCUUCCUCGUCCAUUUAUUAAUAUGAAUCCAAAUUUUUUCACACCUACACCAUAUGACACCGGGCCCAUAAAGUCUUAUGUUAAUGAACCUUAUAACAAUACUGCUAACAACAAUCGUGGUGUCAUGAAGAGUUUUGAUGACAAAGAAUAUGAAGGUGGAAUCGAUGAUUCCAAAACUGAUUUCAACAAAGCUGCAAUAGAUGAUAGAGCAGCUGAUCCAGAAACCUAAAAACUUUAAAUUUUAAAAACAUUCACUAACAAAACAAAAACAAAACCUUUUCCAUUUAAAAUUAACAAA